UCCCGAAAGGCCCAGCGGCUAGGCGAGUCACGUGAGAGUGGGUGGUGGAAGUGGAGGCUUGUCUUGGCUGUUUCUUCGUCUCUAUGGUUUUCAGAGGUGGGCGGCUUUGACGGAGAAGCAACUGCAGCUCAGGCGUGGACGGGAUGUUUCGUCUUAACUCACUUUCUGCAUUGGCAGAGCUGGCAGUGCGCUCUCGAUGGUACCAUGGAGGAUCACAGCCCACCCAGAUCAGGCGACGGCUGAUGAUGGUGGCUUUUCUUGGAGCGUCUGCAGUAACUGCAAGCACUGGUCUGUUGUGGAAAAGGGCCCUUGCAGAAUCUCCACCAUCUGCAAACAACAUCAAGAGUGAACUUGGUGAUAAAGGGAAGAGUAAAGAGGAAGGGGAAGAUUGUAAUGCUGGAAAAAAGGCUGCAGGUGUUUGUCUUGAGCCUUAUCCAGAAGAGAAAAAGAAGAAACGUUCUGGAUUCAGAGAUAGAAAAGUGAUGGAAUAUGAGAAUAGGAUUCGUGCAUAUUCCACACCAGAUAAAAUCUUCCGCUAUUUUGCCACCUUGAAAGUAAUCAGUGAGCAUGGUGAAUCUGAAGUGUUUAUGACACCACAAGAUUUUGUGCGAUCCAUAACACCCAAUGAAAAACAACCAGAACACUUGGGUCUGGAUCAAUAUACAAUAAAACGCUUUGAUGGAAAGAAAAUUGCCCAGGAACGAGAAAAAUUUGCUGAUGAAGGCAGUAUAUUUUACACCCUUGGAGAAUGUGGACUCAUAUCCUUUUCAGACUACAUUUUCCUUACGACUGUUCUUUCGACUCCUCAGAGAAAUUUUGAAAUUGCCUUCAAGAUGUUUGACUUGAAUGGAGAUGGAGAAGUAGACAUGGAAGAAUUUGAACAGGUUCAGAGCAUUAUUCGCUCCCAAACCAGCAUGGGAAUGCGUCACAGAGAUCGUCCAACAACUGGUAACACCCUCAAGUCUGGCUUGUGUUCAGCCCUCACAACCUACUUUUUUGGAGCUGAUCUCAAGGGGAAGCUGACAAUCAAAAACUUCCUUGAAUUUCAGCGUAAACUGCAGCACGAUGUUCUGAAGCUGGAGUUUGAACGCCAUGACCCUGUGGAUGGGAGAAUCACUGAGAGGCAGUUUGGUGGCAUGCUGCUGGCUUACAGUGGAGUGCAGUCCAAGAAGCUGACUGCCAUGCAGAAGCAGCUCAAGAAGCACUUCAAAGAGGGAAAGGGGCUGACAUUUCAGGAAGUGGAGAACUUCUUUACUUUCCUAAAGAAUAUUAAUGAUGUAGACACUGCGUUGAGCUUUUAUCACAUGGCUGGGGCAUCUCUUGAUAAAGUGACCAUGCAGCAGGUAGCCAGGACAGUGGCUAAAGUGGAACUCUCAGAUCACGUGUGUGAUGUGGUGUUUGCGCUCUUUGACUGUGAUGGCAAUGGAGAGCUGAGCAAUAAGGAAUUUGUUUCUAUCAUGAAGCAACGGCUGAUGAGGGGCUUGGAGAAGCCCAAAGACAUGGGCUUCACCCGCCUCAUGCAAGCCAUGUGGAAAUGUGCACAGGAGACUGCCUGGGACUUCGCUUUGCCCAAACAGUAACCCAGAACGGCACAAGGAGCCACCUCUCCACACCGGGCACCCUGGCUCCUUGGGCAGAGCCUUGGCACAGCCUCCCUGCUGCAACUUCUGGGAGUAGUGCUCGUUUCCUGCUGGGAAUGAUCUUAGGAUUCAAGUCUCCCCCGUCCCCACGUUCUGCUAGGCUGAUUCUGAUCCAGUGAUUCUCUCUAGAAGUUCUCAAAAACGAGCAAGUCCUAAAAGUGCAUACCCUUUGCAUGUUCAACACUACUAUGCCCUCAAGCACCUAUGGAUAAAGAAUGCCAGCAACUGUCCACACACCUGCCAACCCUGGGAAACACCCAGUUCUCAAGCCAUCUUGCUGUGGAUUUAUAUUAACAAGAACAUUCCUUGCUUCUCCUCCUGCUGGUGUUUUUAAGCUACAAAUUUGGGAAACCUCUGACGGAAAAAGGAAAUCAGUGAUGAGUGAUAACGAGGAUGACCCAGACCCCCCGAGUUGGCAGGAAGCCUGGGCCCGAGCACGGAUUUGUGUCGGUCCCCAGGGUGGCUCUGAGGCCAGCUCCGAAAGGCCGUGUGCACAGUGGGAAUGGAGCGAGGUUAGGAAUUUAAAGCAGCUGCUCCAUGGCUGUCCCCACUCCCUUCUUUUCCUCUCAGACUCCCUAAGAAGACUGCAGCACGACUGUGCUUAUGAAGUGAACAGCAGUUGAGCUCACGUUCCGUGCAAGUGCCAUUUCCCCUCCAGGUGUGUGCCUCUGGAGCCAAGAGCUCAGACCUGUCUGCCCUCUGUCUUAAACACUUGUAAAAUACCACUUUAAUUAUAACAGUUUGCAAUAAACAACCCCCCUCCCCCCGACAAA